CGGCAUCAUGCUCGCUCUUGUCAGCUGCUCUGCCACCGCGCUCGUGCUUUCGCCGGCGCGCCGCGCUGGCAACCUGCAGAUGCUCGCCGUCGAGGAGUUUGCAAUCUCAAAGGAGAUCAAGUCGGUCCGCGUCUUUGACGGCGAAUACGCCGACGACAUCUGCGACGAGGUUGCCGCCGCGGCGCGCGCCUGCAUCGCGGAGAAGGGCUCGUUCUCACUCUGCAUCCCAGGAGGCUCGGUGGUGGCUGCUCUCGCACAGAUGCCGGCGGACGCGUUCGACGCGAGCAAGGUGCACCUCUUCUUCGCGAACGAGAAGAUCCCCUCCUACCCGUGCAAGGAGGGCGGCCUCGACGCGGCCAAGAAGCUAGGCGUGCCCGAGGCGAACGUGCACGCCUUUGGUGAGGGCGAGCCGGCCGCUGUCGCAGAGAGCUACUCUUCCCUGCUCGCCUCGCACGCCUCGAUCGACAACAGCGGCGCCGUCCCCUCGGUCGACAUGCUGCUGCUAGGCACGGGUCCGGACGGGCACGUCGGUUGCCUCUUCCCGGACUCUGCCGAGAUCAAGGCGAGCCGCGCCGGCAAGGUUGUGCUCGCGGGCAACGACGCGCGCGCGGACGGCGAUUUCGUCGCGAUUUCGCUCGACGUGAUGAACGCGGCAAAGUGCGUCAUCGUGUCGGCCGCUGGGGCGGGCCGCGCCGAGAUGGUGGCGAAGGCGCUCGCGGGCAACUUUGGCCCGUUCGACUGCCCCGCCGGCUUGGUCGAGGCCGAGGAGGAGACGCUCUGGUUCACGGACAAGGAGUCGAUCGCGGUGUUUGACGAGUUUGCGGACAUCGAGGACGAGGACGAGCUCGAGGAGGAGGAGUGAGCCGGCGCGAGGCGCUGUCCCGAGGCGGGGCGGCGGGGAGCGGUGCGGCGACGGGGAGCCUUUUAGCCGUCCUUGCAGGUCUUUUUCAUGCACCGCGGGUAGAUGUCCGGUGUGCGGGCUCGCCAUCCUCCACGUCCGUCCGCUGUCGGGUCCUUGCUCCUCCGUCCCGUCUGUUUCGAAUUGGAGCAAUCGGGUUUCUUUUUU